AUGGAAACAGCAAAAAUUUUAAGCAUAGCAGGAAGUGACAGCUGCGGAGGGGCUGGUAUGCAGGCUGAUAUAAAAACAGCAAUGAGCUUAGGUUGUCACUGUUGUUCUGUAUUCGUCGUUUUAACUGCCCAAAAUACGAAGGAAAUAAAAUCAAUUAUAGAAGUUGAUGAAAAUUUCAUUAUUGAACAACUGGAUAGUAUUUUUGCAGAUAUAACUAUUGAUGUCGUUAAGUUAGGUGUUUUAUACUCAAAAAAAAUUAUAUCAUUGGUUCAUAAUUAUAUAACAGAUAUAAAUAAAAAGAGAGGGAAAAAAUUACUUGUAGUUUUUGAUCCAGUUUUUGUUUCCAGUUCUGGAUGCUUACUAGUAGAAAAUUUGGAAUAUGUAAAAUUUUCGUUAGAUUUAAUUUGUCCUAUAAGUUCAAUAAUUACACCAAAUUUUUAUGAAUGUAAAGUAAUUAUUGAAGCAUUAAAUUGUGAUAUCGACUUAACAAAUGUUAGUACAACUGAAUUGUGCAAAACUGUAACUAGCAAAUUAAAUAUAAAUGCAUGCUUAUUUAAAAGUUGUAAUAUAGAUAAAAAUGCAGACGAAGAAAAUAAAUUAUAUGCCGUCGACCAUUUAUGUAUAAGAAAAAGUAAAGACCCAAAUGAUGAUGGAAAUGGGAAAACUCAUAUAGUUCAUAAUUCCCAUAAUAAUGAAAAUAUAAAUCAACAAGAUAAAUUUUUAUAUGAUGUGUAUAAAUUAAAAUCUAAAAGAACACCAAGGGCUGAUAUUCAUGGUACUGGUUGUACCCUAUCAACAGCUAUAUCAUGUUUUUUAUCAAAAAAGCAUAAUUUGCUACAGUCCUGUGUUGAAUCAAAAAAAUAUAUUUACAACUGUAUUAAGUAUGCAUACGCAUUAGGCAGUAAAAGUCCAGGCUUAAAUCACUUAAAGGCAUCACAAGAAUUGGCAAAUUUUAGUGAACUCGAUGUGAUAACAGUUGCCCAAGAUUUGCCUUGA